UCCUGUUGGCAUGCCUGUCUCCUGGGAGGCUCCUCUGGGAAAGCAAGAUGCCUGUCAACAGCACUGCCCUGUCGUUGGCCACCAUUACCUACAUCACUGUGGAGAUUCUCAUUGGGCUCUGCGCCAUAGUGGGCAACGUGAUGGUCAUCUGGGUGGUCAAGCUGAACCCUAGCCUGCAGACCACCACCUUCUAUUUCAUUGUCUCCCUAGCCCUGGCUGACAUUGCUGUUGGCGUCCUGGUCAUGCCUUUGGCCGUUGUCGUUAGCCUGGGCAUCACGACCCACUUUUAUAGCUGUCUUCUCAUGACCUGCCUGCUACUGGUCUUCACCCACGCCUCCAUCAUGUCCUUGCUAGCCAUUGCUGUGGACCGAUACCUGCGGGUCAAGCUCACAAUCAGAUACAGGAGGGUCACCACUCAAAGAAGAAUAUGGUUGGCCCUGGGCCUUUGCUGGCUGGUAUCAUUCCUGGUGGGAUUGACCCCCAUGUUUGGCUGGAACAUGAAACUGACCUCCGGGUACUACAGAAAUGUCACCUUCCUUUCAUGCCAAUUCCGUUCUGUCGUGAGGAUGGACUACAUGGUCUACUUCAGCUUCUUCACUUGGAUUUUCAUCCCCCUGGUUGUCAUGAGUGCCAUCUAUCUUGACAUCUUCUACGUCAUCCGGAACAAACUCAAUCUGAACUUUUCUGGCUCCAAAGAGACAGGAGCAUUUUAUGGACGGGAGUUCAAGACAGCCAAGUCUCUGUUUCUGGUUCUCUUCUUGUUUGCUUUGUCCUGGCUGCCUUUAUCCAUCAUCAACUGUAUCAUAUACUUUAAUGGUGAGGUACCACAAAUUGUGAUGUACUUGGGCAUCCUGCUGUCCCAUGCUAACUCCAUGAUGAACCCUAUCGUCUAUGCUUGUAAAAUAAAGAAGUUCAAGGAAACCUAUCUCUUGAUCCUCAAAGCCUGUAUGAUCUGCCAAUCCUCUGAUUCCUUGGAUCCAAGCAUUGAGCAGACUUCUGAGUAGUUAGCCAUGAGAGAUGACUCUCCAUCCCAUUCACCUUCAGAUUCAGCAUCAACAAACACUUGAGGUCCUAUCCACCUGGGCCAGAGGCUUUCACAUCCUUGAUUCCUUCCACUGAGGUGGGGAACAUUUGGCUCGCUGCCUCCAAUUUUACUUUUCCUACUACUCUCUUCCUUUAAUUCUAUUUUUUUUCCUUGUCCUUCUCUAAUUCAAUUUUAUGGAUGCCUGACUUGAGGACAAUGUUCUGUAGUUAUUACUGCCUGUGUUCCUCCUUCCCAAACAGGAGGAGAAGUCAUGGAAUCUGAAGGAUGCCUCAUUGACUUGCUGACAGAAGACACCAAUGGAGCUGGACAUAUACAUGAUGGUGAUUCAGUUCUCCUCCAUCGUGGAACUAAGCAGAGAACCCUGCUCUCAGCAGAUGCUGGGAGAUGGUGGGAACAGAAGGAGUGAACUGAGUUUAAGGGGAACUUAAACUGCUGAAUUCACCCAUAAAUGUA